AUGGUGGUCUGUGACGAAGCCUUAUCAAUUCUACAGUCAAUUAAUCAUCCCGUGUGUGUUGUUGCUGUAGUCGGCGAUAGACGUACUGGCAAGUCGUACAUUCUAAGUCAGUUACAAGAACCCAGAGCAAGUGAAUGUGUUUUCGGAAUCUCGUCAGCAAUGAAAGCAAACACUAUAGGCAUUUGGAUGAAUUCUAAACCAUUCAUCAAAACACUUCACGAUGGAACACAGGUGGCAAUGAUUUUGCUAGAUACCGAAGGACUCGGAUCUAUUGAGACUAUGGGGGAGUAUGAUCAUCACAUUCUCACAUUAGUGGUUUUGUUGUCAUCUGUGUUGAUAUACAACGGCAGUGGUCUUGUCAAAGCGGAUGACCUUAGAAAGCUAAGGUGUGUUGCCGAUCUGGCUACCCGAAUACAAGUGCGUACAAAUGAGUCAGAAAGUGGGAGCUCUGUCGAAUUCUACAAAUUCUUCCCAAACUUUCAUUGGUUAUUACGAGACGUGCUUCUAAUUCCAACUAUUACAAGAAAUGGAGUCGAAGAGGAAGUGGAAAUUAAAGAUUAUAUUCUAGAAGAGAUUUUCAAACGUGAAACAACUACCAGUGCUGAAUCUCGCCGCCAUGCUGGAAUUGGGAAUGCUAUCCUCAGAUUUUUCCCUACAUUCAAUGCAUAUUCACUACCACUUCCUUCACUCAAUCCACAAGUUGUAAAAAAUAUAGAAGACCCUAAAUUCCAGGAUCAAAUCAACCCAAUUUUUCUGGAGAAGGUCAACGAUUUCAUUGGUAGUCUUCAUGGUUAUUUGAAACCAAAAAAAGCUUGGCCUAAAGCAGGACAUGUGACCGGGAAACAGUUAUCUGAAUUGGUGAAAGUAUAUACCGCUAUGCUUGCAAAACCUGGCGCUAUACCAAAUGUGCAAUCCGCCUGGGAUCAAAUCCUAACAGCGCAGCUAGAAGCAAGUUUGAACAAAGCAACCCAGCUCUAUGAAACGAAUAUGGAUAUAUUUGUUUGUGAAAAUAUACCCUGUGAAGAAGUAUUCAUCAUGGAAAAACAUGGCGUCUGGUUUGACCAGGCUUCUAAAAUGUUUUAUGAAGAAGUAAACACUAUAAAUGAUGCAGAUCUUGUGAGCAAAUAUUACAGGAAAUUUCAGGUAGCUUUACAACUAUACAAAUAA